AUGAGCGGCGCCUGCUCGAGCUACGUAAGCGCCGAGCAGGAGGUGGUGCGCGGCUUCAGCUGCCCGCUGCCGGGGGGCGAGGCGGCCGCCGUCUUCUGCUGCGGCUUCCGAGACCACAAAUACUGCUGCGACGACCCGCACAGCUUCUUCCCCUACGAGCACAGCUACAUGUGGUGGCUCAGCAUCGGAGCUCUUGUGGGACUCUCCACAGCAGCCGUGGUCCUGCUGGCCUUCAUUGUCACUGUGUGUGUGCUCUGCUUUCUGUUCAUCAGCUCAAAGCCCCACACAAAGCUGGACCCAGGCUUAAGCCUACAGACAACAGGCUCUAAGAAGAUGUCACCUGACCAUCACGGUUUGAACACAGCGACCACGAUGGAGGGAUCACACUCUCCCAGGCAGAGUUACUCUUCGAACUCACAACUGGAAAGCAAUGAAAGGCAGGCCACGGGCCCCAGAAGUCUCCUCCAGCACCACUUCUCAGCCACUAGCAACAUUCCAGGCAGCCCUGAAGAGGCCUCUGUUCCCACCCCUGACCCAUGUGGACCAGUUCCUUAAACAUCCAAUAAAUGU